CUGAACACCCGCAGGCUUCCGUGGCGUCUCCAUGGCGACCUCGUGGUACGGGUGUCCAUUGUCCCGCAGUGCCCGCGCCUCUGGACGGCCGGCAGCCGGCGAGUCGGAGGCAGGCUGCAGGUGACUCCAGACCAAGGAGGAUGAGAGGUGCCACUUGAGGGCAACAGAUGGAGGCCAGCAGCACCUACACAGAGGCCUCACAGGCCACCGAUGAGGAGGAGGAUGCUGGUGUAGCCGGGAGCUUGCCUGCCUCCCCUUCGGAAGAGAAUCACAGGCAUUUUGAGAACAUCUUUUCUUGCUCACCAAUUUUAGACUUGAGUCAGAGAGGCCUAUACCAUCUGGGAGAGUUCUUUAAAAUUCCCAGCCUUCAACAAUUGUACCUGCAGAGGAAUGCACUCUCUAGGAUUCCCAAGGACUUCUUCCAGAUGCUGCCCAACCUGACCUGGCUGGACCUGCGCUAUAACCAAAUCAGAACACUUCCUUCUGGAAUUGGCUUACACAAGCACUUGAAAACUUUGCUUUUAGAAAGAAAUCCUAUCAAAAUAUUACCUGUGCAAUUGGGGCAUGUCACCACGUUGAAGGCGUUGAACUUGAGACACUGCCCUCUGGAAUUCCCUCCCCAGCUGAUCGUGCAGAAAGGCCUGGCAGCCAUCCUAACCUUCCUGCGCAUCUGUUUCAUGGAGCAAACUUUCCCUCAAGACAUGGAUCUGCCAAAAGAAUCAUACGUGACAGCAGUGAGGAAGAUGAGCCUGCGUGACCUGUCAUACCCUGUGCUGGCUAAACCCCAGGAUAGCACAUCAAGUGCAAGAGCCCUCACAUCCCCAAAUACGGGUGAAAAGGCCACUACUUUGUUCCCACCUGUUGAGAAACUGGACCUGAGUGAGUUCCAGAUGUCCAGUGACAGCUCAGAGUACUGGCCAGACCAGGAGGAGAUCAAGCGCUUCUGGAAGUUGAGGCAGGAGAUUGUGGAGAACCAGAAGGAAGAAGUUCCAGAGAACAAGUUGCUAGCUGUUGAGCUGCCUCCAAACCUCAGGGCAGCCCUGAGCACCAAGGAGGAGUGCCUAAUGCCAGAACCUGAGCUCAGAGAUAAGGCCUCCUCCUGCAAGGGCAUCAUCUUGCCAGACCUCUCCUCAACAUCCCAAACCAGACUUCAAACAAAAAAGCUGGAGGAGAGUCAUAUGGCAGCCCUCAGGGAACUGGAGGAGAAGCAGUUACUGAUGGAACAGAAAAGGAGAGACAAAAAAGCUCUGCAGGCAUGGAAAGAGCAGACCCAGAUGAUGAGGAAGAAGGCACUCAGUAAACUCCAGCCUUGGCACAGGGGCAUGGUGGCAUCAAAAAUCCCCUUCAUCACGGAUCCAACAGACUCCGGGAAGAUCUCAGCACAUCCUCAUGGAAAAAUGAAACACCGAAGAGAGAGGUCAAAGAAAAUGAGUGCAGGAAUGAGGUCUGGCCUGUUUGGGCUUUCUCCAUCCACUCUGCUGCCUCUGGUUGAUGAUGCCGCUGCCAUCAGCUGUGAUGGUCAGAUUCCUGAGGAAGGAGGCCGGGAGACAAUGCAGCUAGGGACAAGCCCACUGCCUCCAUCACACAAGGACAAGCCCCCUGAGAAGGACCAGCCAACCAAGACAACAGGUCCUGAGCCACCUCCACCCCUUGUGCCUCCACUGUCUGCUGGUAGCCUGCCUCCCUUCCCUCCAUACUUUGAAGGAGCCCCCUUCCCUCACCCACUGUGGCUAAGGAACACCUACCAGCAGUGGGUACCACAGCCUCCACCCAGAACCAUCAAGAGGACCCGGAGACGACUGUCCCGUAACCGUGACCCAGGCAGGCUCAUUCUGAGCACUAUCCGCCUGCGGCCACGCCAAGUGCUAUGUGAGAAAUGUAAGAGCACCGUGAGUCCCCAGGAGGUCAGCCCCAGCCCCCUGACCACCCCCAGGGCUCGCCGGAGGCUAGGUAGUGGCCCAGACACGGAGCCCCGCAGGCCAGAGGAGCCUGAGGACAAUGACCCCAUGGCUGCUGCCACAACAAGGAGGAGCAAGAGGGAGAGGCGGGAGGACGACAGGACUCUGGGAGAGCAGGUCCCUCGGAGCCCUGUCAUCAAGAUCUCCUACAGUACACCCCAGGGUAAGGGCAAGGUGGUCAAGAUCCCUUCCAGAGUGCAUGGAUCUCUGGAGCCCUUCUGUCCUCAGCAAGCUCUGCAGAAUGGUGGCCAGGACUCUGAGGCACUGAGGGACGUGGAGCCCAAGGGCAGCGGAGACCGGCCGCCCAGCUGGCCUUCAGCCUCCAUCCCCAAGCUGAAACUGACUCGUCCUGUGCCUCCCAUCUCAGACCUGCCACCUCCCAAGAUUCGCCUGAAGCCCCAACCUCCUGGGGACGGCAAGCGUGAGCCCUUGUACCGGGCAGAGCUGGUGGAAGAGGUGAAUGGGUGUCCUCGAGGCCCCCGGGCUGGCUCACCUGCCCCAUGUGCUGAUGGCUCUACCCACAGGCUGGAGGACUGUGGAAGCUCUGGUGAAGAUGAUGGCCUUAAGAGGUUUCCUCAUGGGAAACAAGGACAUAACAGCUUGGCUUUACUUGUCAAUUGCCCUGAAAGGAGAACAAAUUUCAGCAGUGAAUCUAUGUGCAGCAGUGAUAGCCUGGAUGAAUCAAAAUCCUCAGGUUCUGAAGUGACAUCUCCAGACAUGGGGGACCUGUCUUCGGGCAACGGUACCUCUGCACCUUCCUCCUCCAGUGAUGCACGCCAGAUAGUCCCUCCCCUCACGGUCAGGCUGCACACACAGAGCGUCUCUCAGUGCGUGACCGAAGACGGAAGGACGGUGGCCGUGGGGGACAUCGUGUGGGGUCACCGACGUUGAGGGUGCAGCUGCUGUCCUGGAACUUCUGACUUCCAUCUGAAGGGCCUCAGGAGUCUUCUGGCUGGUGUGUGCAGAAAUAUGCUGGGCACAGUGUUCAGCCUGGUGGUAUGAGGUCCCCAGAGAAGCAGGUGUGUGCAGGAAGGGGCCAAACCCAGGGCACUUGACUUCUCUCAUCUGAAUGUAUCUGUUCCUGUGAUUCAGGCUGCAGCAUUCAUGGCUGGAAAUGGCUUGGAGCUCGGGACAUGCUUGCUGCUUUGUGCUCCAGCAGCCUCCAGGCUUGGGCAUCACCAAGCAGAAGCAGGGCCCACCACCCAAGCUGACUGGCUGCUGGUGCCACACAGCAUCCUUCUGGGCCUGGCCUUAGCUGCUCAACUUGAGCCAUUCUGCAGGCUUGAGAAAACCACAUUGCACCUGCGAGAUUUCCCCUUCCCAUGCCCUUGGACAUGGGCUCUCUGUGCACUUGAGAGUUGGAACCCACUUGUGUCUGCCCCAUGUUCCUCUCAGAGUAUGGGUCCCUUGGGUGACCAGCCUGACCUGCAAGGCCACCUUGUCCAGAGAUGCUGCUACUUCACCAGUACUGUGAGGGGGAGGAAGGGAAAGACCAACUCUGCCCCUUUCCUCUCUAUCACUUUAAAAACCAAAAAGCAAAGAGAAAGAAAAGGAAGCUGAGUCUUCUGCUCCUUUGUUUAAAUAAGAAGAAGAAUAAACAGAAAUCUGUGUUGAGACUCUU